CGCGGGGGCGCGAUCCGGGGGCCGCCGCCGCCCCCACGCUGAGAGGCGGGCGGGGGCGCCUACGGGAGCCGGCGCGGCCCACAGCGGCGGCGGCGGCGUUUCCCGGCGUGCCCCGCGGCGGAUUGUACACAAUCAUCAUGGCCGCCGCCGCCGCCGCCGCCGAUGGUGCCGAGGAGCCGGGCAUGGAGGCGGAGGCGCAGGAGCUGGCGCUGGGCCGCGGCGGAGGGGGCGGCUCGCCCGCGGCCGGGCGCUCUCCGGACGGUGAGCGGCGCCGGGAGCCCCCGCCGGCGCCCGUCAGCAACGGCGGCGACGAGGACAGCGGCAGGGAGCUGGUGGAGCUGAAGGUGAUCUGGAACAAGAACAAGUACGACGUGAAGUUCUGCCUGGACAGCACGGGGGCCGAGCUGAAGCAGAAGAUCCACUCGCUCACAGGGCUCCCGCCCGCCAUGCAGAAAGUUAUGUUCAAGGGACUGCUACCGGAGGAGAAAACCUUGCGGGAAAUCAAAGUGACGAAUGGAGCGAAAAUAAUGGUUGUGGGCUCUACCAUCAACGAUGUGCUAGCAGUGAAUACACCCAAAGAAGCUGCUCAACAGGAGGUCAAAGCCGAGGAAAACAAAAAGGAGCCACUUUGCAGACAAAAGCAACACAGAAAAGUGUUGGACAAAGGAAAACCUGACGAUGUGAUGCCUUCUGUCAAAGGCGUGCAGGAGCGGCUGCCCACGGUGCCGCUGUCGGGCAUGUACAACAAGUCAGGGGGCAAAGUCAGGCUGACCUUCAAACUCGAGCAAGACCAGCUGUGGAUCGGCACAAAAGAGAGAACAGAAAAGUUACCCAUGGGGUCCAUUAAAAAUGUGGUGAGUGAACCUAUUGAAGGCCAUGAGGAUUAUCACAUGAUGGCGUUUCAGCUGGGCCCAACAGAAGCAUCUUACUACUGGGUCUAUUGGGUCCCAACUCAGUAUGUGGAUGCAAUCAAAGACACGGUGCUGGGGAAGUGGCAGUAUUUUUGAAAGCACGCUCACCUCUGGCACAGGAAAAUGACACAAAUCUAAGGACACUGCUGGGAGAGGCCUCCAACAUCCCUGGAUGUGACAGUCCUGGAACUUAUUAUUAAAACAUGCUAAACGAGGCAUGGAUGGAAGCCAGAGGUGAUGUUCUUUCACCAUUAGUUUACUUUUAACUUAAAGAUUUCACCAUCCCUUUUCUGCAGUCAGCUUCAACCAUAUUUAAAGCAAAUACAAUGGAAAUCAAUAAACCUUAAUUCACAAAA